CAGAUGCUGGGAAGUUUCAACAGACAGAUCUGAGGCACUCUCAAUGGUGGAUUUAUACUGCUGGUUUUACUAAAUCCUUAGUCUGUUUGUUACACAGUCAAUGAAUGGGAGAAUUUUGAUGUAUUUUGACAACAUCUCAGGAUUCACCUAAAUAUUAAAAUUUGAAGUUUCGGAAUAUAUACUAUGCAGCAUAUACAAUAUUCUGUGCAUCACUAUUGCUAUGGAACUAAGUUGUCUGCCACAAUAGCAACCUUACUGGGUCCUCUAUAAAAUGUUAAAAAUGGCUUCCAAUAAACCUUACACUGUGAGCAAAGGGCUGGAGUGGAUAAAGGGAAGAAGAGACUUCAUUUAAUAUUUAACACGAUGUCUGCUACAGUGUUUACUUCCCUAUGCUGACACAAUAUAUGACAGAGCAAGACAUACCCUAUACAAUAUAUGACAGUGUAAGAAGGAUCCUAUACAAUAUUCGACAGUGUAAGAAGGACCCUAUACAAUUCAAUCUUUUCAUGGUGAUCUUGUCAUGCAUUAUGAGGCUCCGAACAACAACGCUACGAUUCACCGUACCCAUGAUUCUCCUGUUGUAUACAGGAGUCAUGCUCCUGAUACAGAUCGGGAUUCCUUACACUGAGGAUCAAGAGGAGGAAGUUAUCGUUCCACCAAAUGAUCCCGGCAUGGACGGAAUUCUGGGUCAAAAGUGGAUCUUCCACAUUCAAAAAGAGGCUCCACACUUAAAAAUACCUCAGGAUCAUGGGAAAAUCCAUAAUGAUCCUCCAAUAAAGAAAAAAUCAGCCUUCAAAAAGCUAGGACAUAAUGUGUACGUGUACUCAACAUAUUUAGAAAACAGAAAACCUGACAACCAUAAAGUCAGGAUGAUGGUCUUAAGAAAACGUCAGGGAGAUGCUGAAAUACAAUGUCAUUUCAGAAGUAGUGGGAAACUGUACAGAAACAUUACUGCAACAUACAGAGAAAUGAGUGAAAAUCAUGGUAGACAAUACGGAGGAUGGGUGUACGAGUGUAACAUUCCAAUCUCAGUUUUGACUAAAUACAAACAACGUAACACUGACCUCUUUUAUAUGUCUCUAUCAUGUAUUGGAGGUCCAAUGGUGAAAGUAAAGGUAGGACCUCCAACAUUCAGCAAACCUAUACAUAGACACAAGCUAGGCCUCUGUGUGCCUCCAUUAUUUGGAGAACUGUCAAUAUCAGCUUUGAUCCAAUUCAUUGAGCUAUGGAAAAUUUUAGGAGCAUCUCACUUUACUUUUUAUCUCCAUGACAUUUCACCGUCAAUUGGCCACCUCUUGAAUUUCUACAAGUCAAAAGGGGAGGUUACUCUGAUGAACUGGAGACUUCCUGACCACAUACAGAACACUGAGAUCUGGUACCAUGGUCAGUUACUGGCCAUUCAGGAUUGUCUCUAUCGAAACAUGUCUCAAUUCCACUACCUCACUUUUGUGGACCUUGAUGAAUUCAUCAUUCCAACCAUCAACUAUACCCUACUAGAGAUGAUUCAAGAACUGGAAUCUGCUGGAAACUACAGUGAUUCUGUAAAUACUGGGAUGGCAUUCAAGAGUGCCUUUUUUGCUCCCAAUCAAAUUCUUGACACAGAGCAGUAUUUGACUUAUCUACAGCUCCUUGUAAGAACAAGAUCUUUCAGUUCCACAAGAACCAAAUUGAUUGUCCAGCCCUUAAAAGUUGAGGAGAUGGGUAUUCACCAUGUCAGUAGACACCUAAAACAUUCAAUGUUUGUAACUGAUGUGGACCCCACCAUUGCUAAGAUCCACCACUACAGAUCAUGUGCCAAACACUUUGAUUCUGAAGCCAGGUGUUUACCUGAAGUAAGGGAUGACACAAUAUUGAAAUAUGCCGAGAAACUGGUGUCAAAUUACAAAAACAUCAUUAAGAAAUCCCUCCCACUGUUCAUGCCAAAAGAUUGAUCAUCUAGUGUUUUCAAACAGCUCAAAAGAAAUGUGCAUUUAAUACAAGGCUCAAUUGUAUAUUUGAUGUUUGAAUUACAUCAUACAGUUUAAAAUGUAAAGGAUGUUAAUGUAAUUAAGUACCACAAAAUAACUACCAGUGCUGUGACAUAAUAUUUUGCUUGUGUGCCAAAGUUUUCACUCACUUUUUGUAUAAAUAAACAUUCAUUAUUUCAAAUUGUCCUGCUAUACAUGUAAACAGAGGAUGACUUAAGCUCACCAAAGUAAUAUUCAUCAUUUCUUAUUCUAUACAGCACUUACAGAGCAUUUACAGCCUCUGUUCAGAUGAAUGAUAAAACACAUUAAAUACUUCUAGGUUUUAA